CAGUCGUAGUCGAAAGUACUUCCGUAUUAACUCUGAUGUGCAAGAACAUGGAAAAUUCGACGUGAUCCCGUUUCUCAUUGAAGAUGUAUGAACUAUAAUACCGUGCUUGCAGUAGAUUUUUGUGACGACGACGACAAUGCUGGAGUCCAUUCUCGCUUGGCUGCAUUUUGGCAGGCCUAGCAGCCCCGCAGUCAAUGCGAGCCGAAUUUUUACCAUCGUGCUUGCGUGCACGAUGAGCUUCUCUUUGCUACUUCAUGGCACCGCAUUGUUUGGUGGUUUCGGGCUCUUUUCACCGGAAACCGGGAGCAAUGUUUUCGGCCAGCACACAGCGACCACGAGGCCAGCAAUUCAGCGAACCGCGACGGAGCCAGUGUUUCCGUCACUUUCUUCUGGGGCUGCGACGAGGAAAACAGUGGAAUUUCCAUUUUCCGCCGAGUACCGUGCCUCUCAGGCUUCGUGGCAAACAACGCGGCCAGGAACUUACUUUUCACUGGCGUUGUCACAAUCGGGAACUGGUGGUGGAUCCGCGUCAACAGCGAAUGAACCUGAUGCUGCGGUAGAAAAUUUUUAUAGAGGAGAAGAGUCUACGUCUGCAUCUGCUGGGUCCUCUGGCACAACGUCCAUGCUCCCCACCACCGCAUCCAUUUUGCACUUUGGCCUCGCCUGGCGCGGCAAGAAGUCGGAAAAGGAGAAAAACAUGCUGUACCGCCACCACACAGUCUCGGCUCCUUAUUCGGAGGUUCAAUUUCGCUGGACCAAGCACAACGGGGCCAACUACGGAGAGCAGGUGAUUUUCGACACGGCUCUGCAGCUGGAAUUCAAGAUUCGGUUUGUCUCGGGUGUUUCGAACAGAAAUCAGGGCCAGCCAAGCUUCCGAGUGGUAGUAGACGUUUGGGAUAUAAGUGCAGAUGGUGGAGUUGCGGCGGGGAAAAAGUCUAGUACUUCCAAGAAGAGCAAAAACUCAGCAGCGGGAGCCUUAUCCGAUGUGUUUUUUUAUUGGUACAGCACCACCGGGGAUGGGCAAACCACGAAUGAAACUGUGGCGUUUCAUGUGAAGAAAGGAGAUGAUCGUGAUGCUGAUGACAAGAAAACUGAAAGUGCAGCACCCCUUCCGGCCACGGAGCGUGCAGAUGAUGAGGUGUUUGCCCUCUCUGCCGAAGGUACGGGAGGCAACGAUAGUACGAAAGUUCCGCAGAGUGUCUUUUCCGUCACAUCGGCAGAAGCGAACAAGCAAAAGGAAGUUUGCGCCAUACAGUCCGGAGAUGAUACGAAGGCAACGAAGAGUUUGUAUUUCGACUUUCCGAACGUCUGGAAAGAUUGCAAGAAGAGAAAAAAGGCAGAGCAGAAGAGGAACGGCGGAAAGCAGCCUGACGCAAAAGACCAACUCGAAGACGGACUCUCUGCCUCCUGGAUUGCGCUGCGGAUCCCUCUGAAUUUUUCCGCGAACACAACAUCGAGCGGUGCCGGUGGCGAGAAAAAUUAUCCACGUCAGAGCUUUGAAAUACAGUCAGAAACAGGAACAUCGACGUCGGACGCUACUUCCGUUUCGUCUGGGGGAGUACAACAGCUAUCCACUGAAAAAUUGCUUGCGGCCGAGGAGGAAAAAUUUUCCACCAAAGUCGCGAAUACCUUUGGGAAAAGAGCUGCCGCAGAAACGUCUACUAGUAGAAGCAAGAAUCAACACACCCUGGAGUCCGCAGUCGCCAGUUUGCUGGGCGGCAUUGGACAGUUCGCCGGCAAUCUUCUCCUCAAAGACGCCGAGGGGAAGAAGUACCGAACGAAGGACAUUUUUCAUCUUAAGACCGGCACUCCGGCACGCGCGAUGUUCCCGCGGGGGUUCCUGUGGGACGAGGGGUUCCACUUACUCGUGUUCCUCGAGUGGGACGUGGAGCUGUUUUACGAGAUUGUUUUCAGUUGGUUUUCCCUGCAGGACCCGAAGAGCGGCUGGAUCCCGCGGGAAAUCCCGCUCGGGAAGGAAAGCGAAUCCUUCGUGCCGGAGCAGUUUCUGGGGCAAGAAUACGGCGUGAUGAACCCGCCGACGUUGCUGUUGGGCGUCUUGAGACUGCUGCAAAAAUUCAAGCGGGAGAAGACAAUCUUGAAGGGCGAAACUUUGAAUGGGCAUCCCCCAGAGCCGGAGCAGAAAAAGAAAGACGAAGCAAAAUCAGAAUUGCCUUUCACCCAGAAACAGUUCAUCCUGUUCCUCCGCAGAAUCACCCCGCACAUUGCGAAGUGGCUCGAGCAGUGGCACUUGACGCAGGAGAACGUUUCAAAAAUCCCCCGAAACCAGCAGCUGCCGAACGACGGAGAGGCGUCUCUGACGAACGUUCUGCAGUACUUGCUCACGACCAACCCGUUUUCUCUCGUAAAAGACACCCGCGUUAUGGAGAAGACCUUCAAAAUUGACGAAUUCACCUGCUACCGCUGGAAGGACCGGAAGGAUGAGAAACACGUUUUGUCUUCCGGCUUGGACGACUACCCCCGGGGCAUGUUUGUGAACAAAAACGACGAGUGCCACCUGGACAACCACCUCUGGUUCAUGGUGCUCGUCUACAGCAUGCGCGAGAUCUGCGGUUUGCUGAGCGCGACUGCUGAUGCUGUCACAGGCCAUGUGCAAAUCCAAGUGGCGGAGGAUGCAGCUCCUGAUGGAAGAAAUAGUUGGCAGUCUUUCUGCCCACGAAAUAAUAGAGUCAGCGGCGUUGCCAGAAGUCCCAGCGCCAGUAGAACUGCUGACGAUGUAGUAAUAGCACCGGGAGGACCCUUGGACUACGACCUGAUGCUGCAGUACCUUCGCUCUGCUUUGAAAAACAACCACUUCGAUGAAAAAUCGCACCUAUUCGCCGAUUUCGUCGGGAAGCAGCCGCACGACAAGAAGAAUCGGCCGAUCACGACCCCGCCGUGGCUGAAUGGAAAUGGGCAGUGCAACCCCCGAGCGGGGGUGGAGUGCCCGGUGGGCGAGUGUUGCAGCCCGUCCGGCUGGUGCGGCGCCAGUCCCGACUACUGCAACUGUCCGCAGUGCGUGAAGUACGAGAAGCCUUUGGAAAAGAGGAAAGAGUACAAGGACAAUCUCAAGAAAAUUCACAGUCCGCACUUCGGCUACGUGAAUCUACUGCCGUUUAUGUUCCCCGAGGUUGUUUUCGGCGGGGAAGCUGAUGAUAGUUCCGGAAUAAACGAGGAACAUCAAAGUAGUGCCCUCUCCUCGCCUUUCAGUCGUCAGAUGAUCGAAAAGACUAGUGGGGCGGUCGGGAAGAAAGUAAAGGCCGAGCUCGUGACCAAGUACGGAAUCCGAUCGUUGGCCAAGUCUGACGCGCUGGCGGGCAAGGGGGAGAAUUACUGGCGCGGGAAAAUUUGGGCCAACCUGAAUCUGCUCACGAUCCUCAAAAGCAGCUCCUUUUCCUCGAAAGAACCUGGAGAGGAACAAGCAAACACGACGAGGCCCAGCACCUCCACACGCAGUCAUUUUGACCUUUUCAAUUCCGACGGGAAAUCGCCGGACGCCGGGGCUACGCUGCGAACAAAUUUCCUGAAAAAUAUCGAGAGGAACUUUGAAAAGUCCGGAAAUUUCCACGAAAACUACGAUCCGAUCACCGGCGAGGGCACUGGGGCGAUCCCGUUCACUGGGUGGACCGCAGUUGCCUACGUGUUGCUGCAGGACCCGGAGUAUGCAUUGCAAAACUAUCGUAUUAGUAUAAAUUGCAUUACAAAUUUUUCCAAGAACAAAAAUGCAAUUUGUCAUGCUAUUUCAGGUAGAAAAUUGGAUUUCAUUUGUCAUGCAUAUCUGCAAUUAGUACGAGUACGAUACUUUUGCACAGGAUACGGAGCAUUACACAGGGAACAAGGGCUUGAUAGCUACCACCGGUCAACAAACUGCGGGUGGUCGUGUGACAGGGUCAGUGGCGACGGCGAGAAAAGACGGACGAGUGAAGAAAACGUCCUCCGGGCAGGGGCAGGAGGAAGAGCUGUGAAACAUAUCUAAAGAGCAUAAGAAUGCGAACGCAUAUGAAAGAGGUGGACUACUUACAUGGACCGACACAUAAAGACACCGGUUUGAUAAAGGCGAACGCAGGAGUAGCCCGACAUCCUACGAGAAUGUUAACCCGAAGAUGAAGCGUCUGCUUUUUACUUGUCGAAAAAUGACAUGAGCAGGUCGCGUUUUUGUGAU